AUGAUCAUCGAUGGUGGCAGCAGCGAGAAUAUUGUCUCUUCAGCACUGGUCCACGCCAUGAAGUUGAAGACGGACAAACACCUGUCGCCUUACAAGAUCGGGCGGAUCAAGAAAGGUGCAGAAAUAAGAGUGGAUAAGGUUUGUAGGGUGCCAUUGUCCAUUGGGCGGUACUACAAGGACGAGGUAGUGUGCGACGUGGUCGACAUGAAUGCAUGUCAUAUGCUACUCGGACAUCCGUGGCAAUAUGACACAGACGUGACGUAUAGGGGUCGAGAUAACACUUACCUAUUUCGAUGGCACGGUAAGAAAAUUCUUCUAGUGCCGAUGAAUGAAAGACCUACUCCCAAAGCUUCUAAAGUGGAGGAAAAAUCUUUCCUCAUGGUCCCAGAAGAGCAGUUUGUGGAAGAUCUCAAGGAGACUAACGAGAUCGUGGUGUUGGUCGACAAAGGAGAGGACACCCCUACCCCACAACAAGUACCGAAAGACUUUAGUGUGAUGAACCAGAUUUUGAACAUCUGCAUCAUUGAAGAGAACAAUACCGGCAAUGCAACAGCCACCCUCAUGGCUAGCCUCGCGCCAAAAGCCAAGAUGCUCAGGGGUGGCAGGUGGAAAGAGGAGGAACCGGCUAUUCUUGCCCUAGAGGACAUUAUUAGCAUCAAGCAUGGGGAUAUCAUCCCCGCGGAUGCCCGUCUCCUUGAUGGAGAUCUACUGAAAAUUGAUCAGUCUGCCCAUACUGAAGAAUCGCUAUCUGUUGCCAAAGGUUCAGGUGAUGGUGUAUACUCUGGUUCCAUAUGCAAGCAAGGUGAGAUCGAGGUUGUCGUUAUUGCUAUGGGUGUUUAAACUUUCUUUGGCAAGGUUGCCCAUCUUGUAGACUCGACGAACCAAGUUGGUCACUUCCAAAAGGUCUUGACUGCAACGGGAAUGUGUAUCAAGAUUAUUGUUAUGCAUCCAAUCCAAGACAGGGCCUAUCUCCCUGAAAUUGAUAAUCUCUUGGUUCUGCUUAUUGGAGGGAACCUCAUAGCCAUGCCCAUAGUUCUGGCUGUGAUGAUGGCUAUUGGCUCUCAUGCCUGGCUCAGCAGGGGCCAGGGAGCCAUUACAAAGAGAAGGACUGUAAUUGAAGAAAUGGCCAAUGUGGAUGUUCUUUGCUGUGACGAAAGAGGAACUCUUACUCUGAACAAGCUAACAGUGGACAACAACUUUAUUGAGGUUUUUGCAAAUGGUGUAACCUUAGACACUGUAAUUCUAAUGGCUGCUAGAGCCUCAAAAACUGAGAAGCCGUUGUAUCCAAACAUUAACUCGAGGGCGAGUUAUCUUCAAGUGGAGGGGACUAAUGCAGGACAGAUUUCUUCCACGGAACAGAGCUGUGGAACAGAGGAAUCGAGCGAGGACAUUGCAGUUAUGAAGAUUUGA